AUGGAUCCUUUGAAGUACCUAAUGGAAAAACUUGUGCAAGAUGGAAAGACUGCUGAAUGGGUUUUGCUUCUGUCAGAAUUUUAUAUUAAGUAUGUGACUAAAAAAUUUGUGAAGGGGAGAGCAAUUGCCGGUCACUUAGUCUAUUGUUCACUAGAAGAAGUUGAAGAAAUUCAAGGAGACCUUUCAGAUGAAGACAUCAUGGGGAUUGAAGUAGAAUCAUGGAAGAUACUUAACUUUCCUGCCACCAACAAUGCCACAGAAUAUGAAGCUUGCAUCAUAGGUCUACAAGCAGCCCUAGGCCUUGGAGUAAAAGAGUUGGAGGUGUACGGCGACUUAACAUUAAUAAUCUCUCAGGAAGAUAAUGAGACAGGGUUACUACUGGACUACUAUGGAAGCCGACUAUGUGGCUCAUGUUCAAAAAUGCCAUCAAUGCCAAGUCCAUGGAGAUCUGAAACAUAUACCGCCCAUGCCAUUACAAACCAUGACAUCACCCUAGCCAUUCUCUAUAUGGGGAAUAGACAUUAUUGGGAAGAUUCACCUAACAACAUCCAAUGGCCAUGA